UGGGCCGGUCGGCCGGCCACCGGCGCCGCCCACCGCCACCGUGGCCGUCAUGGCACGCGGCUCCUUCCAGACGGCCUACCAGAAGCUGCGUCAGCGCGCCACCGAGCUCAUGAAUCAGCUGGAGGAUGCCAACACGAGAUGCGCCCAGUACCGUGAGCAGUGUACCCGGCUGGAGAAGUUCGUGUCGGAGGUGCGGGACGCCCGAGAGGCGGACCGGCAGGAGUUCAAGGAGCGGCUGAGUCGGAUGCGGGACUCGGUAGUCGCCAUGAAGGGCCGCUACGACGGUCUGGAGCGGCGGCGCCGCCUGGAGGCAGAGGGUUUCCGCAGCGAUGUGCGCCUACUACGCGCAGACGUGCGCGCGCUGGAGCGCAAGCUCGGCAAGCUCACCGGGCAGUUCUUCGGCGACGUCCACCAGCACGCCACCAGAGAGGUCUGGUCGCAGAUGUCGCAUAAUCUGGGCAACACGGCCAAGAUUUUGGAGGAGAUCCGGCAGUCCAAGGCGCAGAUCUACCAGCUGGAGCGGGAGCUGGCAAGCCUGUGGAACUCGCGGUGACGCCGGUGGUAAUGGUGCCUCUACACUGCCACGUCGCCUGCCGUGGUUGGCCUCGCCGCGCGCGAGCACACGCCAACAGCGCCGACCUCGCCGCUUGACCCUCGCCACACCUCACGGCCGGCGCGGGACGGACAGCGGUCGCUUGGCCCCGCGUAUCGAUCCGACGGGGUUGGCCGCCACUUGCAGAGGCAGGCUGCGACUCUACGCGCUAAUUCGGUUGGUUAUAGCGAUAGCGUGUUUAUCGGAAAUUUCUGAAGCAUGGGUCUAUCGGCACAGCGAGCUUUUCGAGACUAGGCUAUGAAGUCCACUCUGCAAAUAAUGCUUAUUUUGGGCAAUUUGGUUUAAAAGAGGCGAACACUACCGUUAUGAAAUGGACGCAAUCUUUCCGUUGGAUGGAAGCGGAACGAGAAAUGUUAUUUUUGCACCGCCAAAUUUUGUCGCAAGUGAAGCUUGUCAUUGUGUGUUUAUCAGUAUAUGCAUUGUUUCCUCUAUUCUGUUGCUUUAAUACAUUUCGUACGUGA